AGGAGGCGGCGGCCGCGGCAACUGAAGAAACGAGACAAGAUGGCGGCGCUGGGGGCGCCCUGGGCCCGGACCCCGGCCCUGCUGCUCCCGCUGCUGUUGACUGCGGCGCUGGGCCUUCCCCGGGCCGCCGGGGCCGCCUCGGCCGAGGGCUUCGAUUCGGUGCUGGGCGACACGGCGUCCUGCCACCGAGCCUGCCAGCUGACCUACCCCCUGCACACGUACCCCAAGGAGGAAGAGCUGUACGCCUGCCAGAGAGGCUGCAGGCUGUUUUCAAUUUGUCAGUUUGUGGAUGAUGGGAUUGACUUAAAUCGGACCAAGUUGGAGUGUGAAUCUGCUUGCACAGAGGCAUACUCCCAGCCUGGUGAGCAGUACGCUUGCCAUCUGGGCUGCCAGAGUCAGCUGCCGUUUGCUGAGUUGAGACAAGAACAACUCAUGUCCCUGAUGCCCAAAAUGCACCUGCUUUUCCCUUUGACACUGGUGAGAUCAUUCUGGAGUGACAUGAUGGACUCAGCACAGAGCUUUAUAACCUCUUCGUGGACUUUCUACCUUCAGGCUGAUGAUGGGAAAAUUGUCAUUUUCCAGUCUAAACCAGAAAUCCAGUAUCCAGCCCAGGCGGAUCGGGAUCAUUCUUCACAAGGGAAAAAUGUACCUUUAAAGAAAAUGGCCUCAAAUCCACAGCCUGCAGGCUCCCAAACCCACAGAGGCUACUUUGAAGAUGGAGAAAGCGACAGCUUUUUUAAAUGCCUCUCUCUGAAUUCCGGCUGGAUCGUGACCAUCACUCUCGUGCUCUCGGUGCUGGUGUUACUCUGGAUCUGCUGUGCCACUGUUGCCACGGCGAUGGAGCAGUAUGUCCCCCCUGAGCUGAGCAUCUAUGGAGACUUGGAGUUCAUGAAUGGACAGAAGCUGCCCAAGUGCCCACCUUCUUCCCUCGUGGCACUUAGAUGCCAGGCUGAGGAACCUGAAGAAGCUGGGCCUCUUCCUGCCAAAGUGAAUCUUGCUCAUUCAGAAAUUUAACAUUGUUUUUUAAAGAAAAAUUAAUUUAAUAGACACUCUUAACUUUCCGUUCCUGAUGUGGCUUUUUUUUUAUUAUUAUUAUUAUUGGUUUCUUUGGAUAUGGGGCUUAGGAAAUUAGCUAUAAAAUGCAAAUAAAAGUUACCAAUCUGGGACAGUGGUAUUGUUUGUCACUUCACUGUAUGUUCUCUAGUAUUUGAAGAGAGACAGACAGACAUCUGGGAUCUCAUGUCUUACUAUCUGUAACUGCUUUUCACUGAUGUUUGCAAUGUGCUUUUAUUUCUUCCUUGACUAAAUUCUGUAAGCAUGUCCUCUUGCCCCCAAACCUUCUACCAUGGUCCUGGCAAUCACCCUAAUUAAUAGAAGGUGUGUGAUAGGAUAUAAUGUCAAUGCUCAGAAAUGGCUCCAUAACUUGUGAUUGGAAAUUUAAGAGAGCAUGAGGAGCCUUUCUGAGUCCCUUAAUUUUCAGUUGUAGUGAGCUGAUGUUAUUAAAGUUUAAUUUGUAUCAUUCUGUGCAUAAAUGUUGUGUUAAUGCAUUACAGACACCCCGUGUUUUCCAGAGUUAAAUAUUUUGCCUGUCUCUGUCACAGUUGUAUAUGAAUAACAUGAAAGUAGGCUGCCACAAGUCUGGGAUAACAAGGCAGUGUUUUAAACCCGCCCACUUCAUUUGGAGAGGGGAGUUUUCCAAAGAACCAUUAUCUAGAGUUUGUGCUGGGAGGGACCCCAUUGGAGAGGCGGAGAGGACUUGCUUCAGGCUCUCUUUUCCUUGGGCAGUACCGACACGGUCCUGGGCUGGCACCGCAAGAAUUGGCCGAAGCUCUUGGUGGGGAGGGGGGGAGAGGCAGGAGGCAACUCCAACACCACUCUCCAUGUUGACUGAUUUUGUCUUGAUGCCCAAGAUCCCAGCAUCCUUCCAUUUUGCAGCCCUGGGACCACUUUUCAGAUGCUGGAUUAGGUAGUGCUAGAUAUGCUGGCUUUCAGGCAGUUCCAAAUUAGAGGCUAGUGAUUUAGAAUAAACUGCUUAGUCCUAGAAGUGGUAGCAGAAAGAGACUGGAAAGCUCUGAUCUAUCCCUCCUCCCUCUCAUCCUGCCUGGGGGAAGGAAGAAUCCCCAAGAGAAGCUACUUAGCCAUUAUCACCCUGGACUUGGGGGCUGGCUCCAGAUCCAGCUGUGGUUCUUGGUAGCACAGAUUUAUUGUAGCUCUCAGCCCUAAGUUAUGCACGAGGCUAAUUGAAAAAGCUUUUGUGAUUCAAAACUAAUGGUAGGAGUUAGUUAUGGGAGGCCAUUCUUUUUCUAUGCAGAGCUACUAUAUACAUGUCUUGAAUUCCUCCUGAAACUCAUAAAAUUUUAGUAUUCUUGUAGGUAGAACAUAUAUAAUCCACAGACAGUUUCAUAGCUAAGCUAACCAGAGAGGUAAGAGACUGGCGUGGCGCUUGUCCAGGGUGCUAGCUGAGUCACUUUCUAUUCUUUCAUUUCCACCUGGUCGUUUUUACUCUGGAUUUCAAGGAUACCAGCUAAUUUGUUUUCCAUGACUUUUGCAUUCAAAUGACAUCAGUGUAUCUUGUCCUCCAUCUCUCUCUCUCUCUGUAUUCCUCCUCCUCCUAGAAUCCUGGUCAUUGUUGUCAGCCAAAGCGAAAUUUUAUUCCAAGGUGAGUAGCACUAUUGAAGCUUUCCUCACAAAACAUAGCUGUCGGAGGUGUCGGUGCCUCAGCAGCCUCCCUGCUCUGCCCCCUCUGCCCAGCUUCCCAUCUUGGGAGCAAGUUCAUGGGCUUACCAAGUAGCCUAUGCAAUGUUAUUCCAGAAAAUGUCAUUCUUUUGGCCACCCGAAUUCAUCUCUUACUGAGCAGGCAUUUAUAACGGGCAGGACGAUAUUUGAAACUUAAAUCUUCAUCAUUGGAGAAGUCUUUUAUAUCUGCCCUCCAGGCUCGUUCACCUAUGAUAAGUUUCUGUAGUAAAGAUGAAGGCCCAGCCCACAAUACAAAGUGCUUUUCUCUAGUGGGGGCAGUACAGAUGUUAACAUCCCCAUUUUAUUGAUAUGGAACUGUACUUGGAUGAUUAUCACUCGUCCAUGGUGGUGGAUGGAAACACAACUAGUAUGGAAGAGAAUCCUGAAUUUAGCAAACACUUGAUUACUUCCGUAUCCAAAGACCACUUGAAAACCCCUAGAAGUUAUCAAGUUAAUAUUUACAUUUGGUACUCAUCCGUUUUUUACUUUAGGAUAUUUCUUAAGGGUCCUUGCAGAGAACAGGUGAUCUCUUUUGGACACAAAUCUAGGAUAGUAAGACUGUAGGCAAAAUAGCUUAGAAUUCUAUAGCACUCUUAAAUUCCGUUUUCUUCUGCCCGUCUUAAGAGAUAUUCCCAAGAAGCUUAAGAGCUUUCCCCUAGCCUACACCUUUUUACAAAGCAGAUUAUCAGGAAAAUCUGGAAUUCCGUCUCAGCUAAAGAGACGUUAAAAGAGUGUUCCUUCUGGAGAGAGUAUUUGAUUUUCAGCAGAGAAGUCUUUAAGCUAACACAUUGGACCUCUAAGGGUAGAAUUUAGGAGAUCACCCACAGAUUGUGGGUGGGUAGGUGGGUGAGUUGUUAGAGGUUGUGAGGCAGAGGGGAAGAAGGGAACUACAGCUGCUCCCUCCCAGUACAAAUGUUCAUUUUAAAUUAGGUAUAUCACCUUUUGGUUGCUAUAGUGAUUUUUUUUUUAAUGGUUUCUUUGGACAAGAGGUCUCCCAGUAAGUACCUCCUGGAUACGUACAUUUGUACCUCCUCAGUUUAAAUAAAGUUUGGUGUUUCCUAAGUCCGGUUGAAUGGAUCGGGUCUGCUUGGAUUCUGGGAACUGCAACGAACUUCGAAAAGUUUGGAGGCUCUGAUACAUGUUGUUCAAUAAUAAAAUUUAAUGCUGGGAUUGUAUAACUAUAUAAAUCAUUGAAUGCUGAGAAUCCAUGGUACUGUUACCAUAAUGAUUUGUUAUAUAUAUAUUUUUUGUGUGGAGGUAUAUUUGUAUUAAACUCCAAUUCCUCCGAGGCUAUGAAGCUGGAAAGGACCAGAGCGGAUAAUCUAACCUUACCCCACCGUGUUACAUAGGUUAAAAAAAAAACUAAUAACCUUCCUUCUUGCUACAAUGGGAAGCAAAAUUGGGAUUCCAACCAAUCUUUUUAUGUUUGAUAGCCUCCUUUCCUUUCUAUUCUGGGUUGGACUAAGAAAGUUUUAAAAGGCAAUCCUUCCCUUGAGGGUAUUUGCUUUGUUUCAGAAACUAGUCUAAACUCAAGGAAUGAAGUGCUUAGGGGUAAAAUUUAAGAAGUUCACAAAAUAAAAUGUGAAAACCUUGGAUGUGAAAGAAUAAAUGCAGAUUUCUGUUCAUCACGAUAUUUUGUAUUAAGCAUCAAGGCUGAAGGUCAUUUAGGAACCCUCUUAACUUCAAGCUGGAACUCCAUAGGUGUUGAUGCCAUAGUAUCCAGCUCUGGGUCCCUGUAUUUUGUCUUUGUUUUUCUUUUGCUCCCUAUGGUGGUAAUGGUUUCACCCUGGGACAAGGCUUGGUUGAAGGAACAAGGCCUGUUUAGUCUGAAAAAGAGAAAACUUUAAUACCUUUAAAUGUUUGAGGGGCAGGCUCGUGAGCAAGAAGCUUGUUCCCCUGGGCUCCAGAGGCCAAAACUAGGACAGUGGAUGAAAUUUGGAGAUUUGGCAGCCCUGCUUACCUUCAAGGGAAGGUACUUUAGAGAGGGGGUAGAGGUGGGAGGGGGAAAGGAUUGGUAGGAAUAAGCCUUAUCUGUAAAAACCGCAUCAAUAAUACUUUUUAAAAGACUCUUCAUGGUGGCAAAAACUUACUAUCCAUUGGCUCUCUCCCAAAGUGGAAAACUAAGAUGUUGUGGGGGAGGCUGGAUGGUCCACUUUGUUCAGGGUUCCUUAAACAUUCUGAGGUCCCUUGUUCCUGAGAGUCUGUGAUUCUAGAGUUGCCCGUUUCCUUGUAUAAUCAUGUUAAAUAACAUUUUUGUUCAAUUGCUCUACUCUGAAUGAUUUGGAUUAAUUUUUUACUGCCUCUUUGCUCUGUGCUUCUAGUGCUUGAAUUGUUUUGAAAUGCUGGAAUGAAAAAAUUGGAAGGUUUAAGUGGGAGGGAAAUAAGAUGCUUCAACAAAAGACCUUAAUGAUUGUUACCUUGAGAUUAAAUCACUUGCACUCUCUGUUAGAGGCCAAGAAAUGUUAAUUUCCCAAUUCUUAAAUAUGGUGGACCUAAAUAAAAUUCGGAUUGCCUGCA